AUGUCCCGGUAUCUCGGUCUGAUCCUCGUUAUCACGAGCUGCGCCCACCACGUGUACGGAACGAAAAAAUGCGAGGGGAACGGGCUGGGCUUGAAGUACGUGUGGGGAGACGCGCUCACGGACCCGAUGGACUGUAUCGGGCCGAAUAACAUGCAGUAUCCCUCAGCCGCGAUAUCGAGAAGCGCAAAGAACCUAUGGGCGGGCGGUCGAACGGCCAGGUCGCAUCAACCGAGGACGAUCGAUCCCGAACUGACGAGGCAGGCGCUACUACACAAUUAUAAGGUCUCUCGUGGGGACUACACGAUCGCGACGCAGAACACUCGGAAUGGACGAGCAUUUACUCCGAAAGAAUCCUGCGGUUCGCCGGCCAGAUUAUGCAAAACGAGGUACAACACCACAGCGCCCAUGUACGGGGUCAGCUUGACCAGCGGUCAACCGGUGACGAUCGUUCAGAAGUUCCCCGAUCUGUUGCAACAGGUGGUGUUCGAGGUUUGCGAAUCGAAAGAGUGCGACGUGGUCCACGGCGAGUGCACGCAGACAUACGUGCCGUACCUGUUUCUGGUGAUACCGCUGGGACCGGUGACCUUGACCGGUCAAGAUUACGUUCUGGUCGAGAGCGGUUGCGUCUGCAAGCCGAGGAAUUCGGCAAGCGCCUCGUCGGAGCCUCCGGCUGUUCCAAGCUUUUAA